CAUAAAACCUAUCUUGGGCAAUACAACAACAUAAAUCAAUCUAAGGUUUGAGGGAAACAAGAAACAACAACGAACGGUUACAGAGCAAAAUAAAUGAAGGUCAUCUCCCGUGUUCUUCUCCUCUCUCUCGCCCUGGUAGUCGUCCCUCUAUGCGACGUAUCCGCGGCGGCCCGUAUCGGUGGCUGGAGUCCGAUCAGCGACGUCAAAGACCCUCACGUCGUAGAGAUCGGCGAGUUCGCGGUUUCCGAGUACGAUAAACGGAGUAAGUUGGGACUCAAGUUCGAGACGGUUGUUAGCGGCGAGACUCAGGUGGUCUCUGGCACGAAUUAUCGGCUUACGGUUGCGGCUAAUGACGGAGGAGCGAGCAAGAACUACGAGGCGAUGGUUUGGGAAAAGCCGUGGUUGAAGUUCAUGAAUCUCACUUCCUUCAAGCCCGUCAAUAAUGGUCGUCGUCGUCGCUUCCUCUGAGGCAAGCCAUUUGCUAUGUAAUAAUAAUGUAUGUAACCGCUCUUUCGUAAACUGCAGAAAAAAAAAAGUUAAAAAAUAAACGAAGGCAAUUUAAGUAAUUAA